AUGUCUGAAUUUUUGAACGAGAAUCCUGAUAUACUAGAGGAGAACCAACUUCCUAGCAGAAAAGAAGAUAAUACUAAAGAUCUUUUGCUAGGUGGUUUCAGCAAAGAAGCCACCCUGGAAAGGAGGAGGCUUUUGCUGAAAAUAGACCAUUCUUUAAAGUCUCAGGUACUGCAAGAUAUAGAGACUUUAGACAAGCUUCUUUCUAUUGAAACUGCACCGGAAAUGACUUCUGAUGAAGAAAGUUUACUAGAAGAGACCGAGGAGGAAUUCGUAGCAGGUCAAAGAAAGGAAGAAGAAGAGGCUGAUGUUAUUGAUGCCCAGGAAAUAUAUGAUUUAAUAGCUCAUAUUUCAGAUCCCGAGCAUCCCUUAAGUCUGGGACAGCUUUCUGUCGUAAAUUUGGAAGACAUUGAGGUUCAUGAUUCAGGUAAUCAGGAAGAAAUGGCGGAAGUGGUAAUAAGAAUAACACCAACAAUAACGCAUUGUUCUCUAGCAACUUUAAUUGGUCUGGGGAUACGAGUCAGACUGGAGAGAUCUCUUCCUCCAAGAUUUAGAAUUACUAUUUUGUUGAAGAAAGGUACUCAUGAUAGUGAGAAUCAGGUAAAUAAACAGUUAAAUGAUAAAGAGCGUGUAGCGGCGGCAUGUGAGAAUGAGCAAUUGCUAGGUGUGGUUUCUAAAAUGUUGGUAACUUGCAAAUAA